GGCUCCCCUGAGAAGACACGUGUAAGUGACAAAUCCCCCCACAAGCACAGAGUCACAGACAAUGGCAUUUCCUCUGUCUCUCUCUCUGUUUACUCCGUCACUUUCACAAUCAGUCACUCUCAGCAAUGGAGGGGUUUGGUCCAAAGGAUUCUCUCUCUGAAUUCACUCUAGCUGAGAUUAAAGACAUGGAGAAGAUAUUUAAGGAGAUAGGGGAACAAUCACUUGGUCAGGCGUUGUUCCAAGAUAUUGCAACCAGCUUUAGUUGCUCAGCUAGUCGUGCUGGAAAAUCUGCCAUAACAUGGGAGCAGGUGCAAAGUUGGUUCCAAAAUAGAAAAGAACAGUUGCAGGAUAAAGUUACUCCCUCAUCUGGUGCCCUGAAAUUAUUUGAUGAUCUUUCAGAUGUACCUAUUUCAAGCAAAGCCCCUGAAGGCUCUUUAAAUCCUAAAGGUAAAAAGAUUUCAGAUCUUUCAGGGUUGACAUAUGAAGCUAAAUCAAAGAAAGAUAAUGCAUGGUAUGAUGUUGCUUCAUUCCUCAAUUACAAGUUUCUUAGUACCGGCGAACUUGUAGUUCGUGUACGAUUUUCUGGCUUUGGUAAUGAGGAGGAUGAAUGGGUGAAUGUAAAAAGGGGAGUGCGUGAGCGGUCUAUUCCUUUAGAACACUCUGAGUGUCAUGAGGUGAAGCUUGGAGAUCUUGUCCUGUGCUUCCAGGAAAGGGAAGAUCAUGCAGUUUACCAUGAUGCCUAUGUUGUGGGAAUCCAUAAGAGGCAACAUGACAUUAGGGGCUGCAGGUGCAUCUUCACUGUCCGCUAUGAUCAUGAUAAUACUGAGGAAAAAGUUGAUCUUGGGAGGAUAUGUUGCAGGCCAAAACAUUAUUCACAGUCCGCUCUGGGUAUUGAAGUAGGGCCUGCACAACAUUAUUCACAGCCCACUUUUGACAUCCAAGAAGGAGUCAAAUUUCCUUUUUAGCUUACAUUCACCCUCAGAAGUGAUCUUUCUUUUCUUUUUCUUUUUUUGUGGCCAAAUGGAAGUAAUCUUUUUCACUUCUUGCGAAGUGUGACAUUGGGAUAUGUUUGUACAUAAGGUAAAACUUGUGGUACUCUGAAAAUCUUGGAAUGUUGUGUCUAUGGAUGUGAUCCUGGACAAUU